GCAGGGCGGCGGGCGGCGGGGAGCUGGUGCAGGGCAGCAGCGGGGCUGGCCGUGCGUCCCUCGCUCACCGGCCGGCAUCGCCCUGCCCUGAGCGCCUCUCGGAGCCAGCCGGCAGCGGGGCAGCGCCAUGGGGGCCGGAGGAGGGCUGGGGCUGGCGGCCGUGCUGGCGGCCGCGGUGCUGUGCGGGCCCGGGGCGCUCGCCGGGCGCGUCCUCAGCGGCCAGAAGGUGUGCUAUGGUGCCUUCAAGCAUUCCUGUUACAAACUAGCCUAUUUCCAGGACUUGUCUAGACGCGUGGGCUUCCAGGAGGCUCGCCAGGCUUGUGAAAUCGAUGGUGGGGCUUUACUCAGCUUGGAAAGUGAAGCUGAGCAGCAGCUAAUAGAAAACAUGCUGCAAAACCUCACCAGAUCAGGCUCUGGGAUUUCUGAUGGUGAUUUCUGGAUUGGGCUGUGGAGAAGUGGCGAUGGACUGGCCACAUCGAGUGCUUGCCCCGACCUCUACCAGUGGGCUGAUGGAAGUAUGUCACCAUUCAGAAAUUGGUACACAGAUGAGCCUUCCUGUGGAAGCGAAGCCUGUGUGGUGAUGUAUCACCAGCCAACUGCAAACCCUGGCCUGGGAGGGCCAUACCUUUAUCAAUGGAAUGAUGACAGAUGCAACAUGAAGCACAAUUUUAUCUGCAAAUAUGCCCCAGAUAAUGUCUUAGAAAAAGAAUUAGGAGACAGAGCAGAGCCAGAAUACGAUAUUUUUCCAACAGUGCCAGCAGGAAAUCCUUAUGACACAAGCAAACCAGAAGAUCAGUAUCAUAUUAUUGCUACUGAAACGGGUAUAAUUCCGAAUUUAAUUUAUGUUGUAAUACCCACUAUACCACUGCUGCUGUUGAUACUGGUGGCUUUUGGGACUUGCUGUUUCCAGAUGCUUCAUAAAAGGGAAGCAAGGAGAAACUGCUUCAAAGACCCAUCUCCAUUAUCAUCUGAAUGCCUUGCAGAAAGUUUAAAUUCCAACCUGUAAAGGAAGAACAAAAACCAGUCCAAACCAGUCCACACUAUGGAUUUCAAAGACGCCUAGGAAGGACAGUAGCAUGGAGGUAUAAUGAUUUACUGACUGAAAACGAGGCAAAAAUAACAUUUUGCAGUGAGGCUGUAUUAUAAUGUCGUCAAAGAACAUUAGCUUGGAAUGGCUUGAAAAUGCAAAGGAUCUACAAGAAUGAACUGUAAGCUCCCCCUUGAGGCAAAUGUUCAGAUCAUUUUUAUAUGAUGUUUGUUUAUUAAUUCAGUAACAAAAUAUGCCAUGCUAAAUAAAGGGUAUGUGUUUAUUUUGCUAAGGGAUGUAAGUUAGCUAGUUAUGAGCAAUGAAAUGAACAGAGCAUUUGAAGUUUUUAUGGGGAAAUAUCCACAGUGUAUGUCAGUUUUAAGACUGUUUGUAGUUAAACAAACCUCCUCUGUUUCUUUUAGUCUCUCAUGCAUUGUAUUGUAUAGUCAAUGUACAGUAAAUGGAACUGACAAUUUUACAGUGUAACAAUUAUUUAUCUUUGCAUAAAAGUUUGAUACAAAAUAUUUGUUUAGUAUUUAUUUGCACACUUAACACAGUUUUUGAACCUCGGGAACAAAUAGUAUUUUAUUAAAUAAUUACAUGGUUGCUGACAGAAACAGCCACCAUAUUGUGACAUCAACCUGAAGUGGCAAAAUUCAAGGAUUCAUCAAAGUCUUUUGCUGUUAUAGAAUGAAUUAAUUUUGCCAGGGAAUGACUAUAACUUUUUUUCAUAUUGGCCCAAUGUCAACCUAAAUAACUUCGAAAGUGAUACCUUGUUAAUGGUGUGCCCUUUAAAGGCAGCUAUUAGUUGUUAUUUCAGUAAAAUAUUUUUCUGAUGGAAAAAAAAAAUCACAGUGGGCAAGAGUUUAAGAUUAAAAUUGCUGUUUCAGUAAGUCUAUAUAAAAAAGACAUUAAAGGUCAUUUAAAUAUAGCUAAUAGUUUGUUAGGAAUAAUAUAAUGUUGGAACAAAGAGAAGGCAAAAGCUUUUUCUUGGAAAUGGCACUCAUAGAUUGAUUCCAACAUUACUUAGACUAUUAUCUAGAAACACAUUAAUUAUAUUAAUUGAUGGAUAGAUUUAGAGGUAACUGUGAUUCAUUUAAAGCUGUCUUUUAGAGUUAUGAUUAACAUCAUUAAUUCCCAUUCUCUUUGGUAGCUUAAGAGCUUUCUGUGCCUUAAGAAUGGUUGUAGAAGUCAUUAGGAGCAGUCUGGGGUGGUGGCAGUAGCACUCUGGUUGAUUUGCUGGUGACAAUCUGGUGUCAGAGCAAUAGUUAAGGGAUUUUACUGCUGUUGUAGCAGGAGGUCAAGAGCUUGAGUUUAACCUUGCUGGCUUUAACACAGAUUGAUAACUACCUCUGGCUGGGGAGAGACUGACCAAAGCAGAACUGAAGGGCUGGCUGAUGUUCACUGCGUCACUUCAGACACAAAUGUGUCUCAAUUUUUCCAAGUACAGAAAAAAAUAUUUAGAAGUUGCCAUUAAUACUAAUUGUGUAAUUAGUUGUUGAAGCACUUUUGGAGGUAUCUUAAAGCUCUUGUUAUGCAGUGGUUUUGCUUCCUUUUAAAAGAAAACUCCUCCCGUAGUUCAGGUUAAGUAUUGCUGUUCCUACUUAAAAUAUUCUGUAGUUCUUCCAGUCAGUAGGAACUUCUUUCUUUGUUCAGUCCCCUACUUCAGUUUCCUUUGCAGUGUGAAAAUGUUAUGAUCCUAUAUGAUCACCAAGACCAGUUUUACUACUGACAUAAAUAUUGAUUAACUCAGCUGAUGGGAAGAGAGACCUCUUUCUUGAGAAGAGUUGUGGUAAAAAGAACUUGGUUCAUUUUUAUGGUCUUGAAGGAUUAACUCCCCUUAAUUUAAGGAUUAACUAUUUCUUCAUACUUCCAAAGGACAUGUGAAGUUGUCACUAUCAAUAUCAUGGUUAAUGGCAGCAGAAGUGAUUUUGAAGCAGCAGUUAGAAAAAUUAAAAUACCUUCAGGAGUGUUUUUUAGAGAUUGAAAGUGAUGUCUAGGCAGUCAUUGGCACAGACCUGUCCCAAACUCUGUGUGAAAGCAGAUGGAGAAGUGGCAUCCAGUGCUUCUGUUGUAGUGUGCUCAGAUUUUAUGUAGAAAUAAGAAAUAUUGGCUAUUGGGACAAAAUAUUUCCAUAUUUAUCACCAUAUCCAUCCUCUGUUUCAAAGCAUCUUGUAGCAGACUCAAUUGCAAGUAACCUGUUCUGCCCAAGUGGUUUAACAUAGUAUUGACUGGUUUCUCCACAGGUUAAUUUGCAGGAAGCCGUGGAUGUUGACCAAAGGCUAGAAUGUGAUUGACUAAGUUAUGUUAGUUUUAUCCAAACAUAAUUAGUUAAAAUAAAAUGAAUUUUAAAAUUAAAAUAGUUUACAUGAUAUAUCUUUUUUAUGUCAGGGUUCAUAAUAGAACUUUUCCAGUCUGAUGAGGUAGUUUAUCAAUGUGUAUCUCAAAAUACAUUUAUGCUUUGCAUUUCGGAAAGCGGGAAGAUGCACAGAGAUAAAAGUAUCUUACUGUAUUCCUGGGAAGCACAUUUUCUAGUGACUAGAUGUGCUUUCAGUUGGCUUUAUUUCAUUAACAGACUGUAACACAAUGUACAAUAGUGAUGUAUGGUAAAUAAUGCAAAAAAUCAGGUCAUGUUUUACUUAAGCACUUUAAUGUAAUUGUUUUAUCCAAAUCAAUUUAUACUGGUAGGAAUAUGCUCUACUUUUUAGAGUAAUAGGAGAAACAAUGGUUCACUAUGAAAGAUAAAAUUUGCAACUCUACUAUUUAAAUGUUAAAAAACUGUGUCUUUCAUGUAAGAGACUGUGUCUGAAACACCUUCUUACCUUCUCUCUGUCAUAAUUAUGUUUAUCUGAGUUCUUUGUGAUCACAGAUGUCUUGAUAAAGCUGCAGAUUUUGGUCUGGACCUAGUUCCCUAAUGACAAA